CAGCUAAGUUUCAAAUUUCAAACCUUCUAUUUCAGACCAUCAAGGAGUCAAAAUCACUCUCCUUCUCCACGCAAUGUGGUUCGGCAUGUACCAGAAUCACGUGUUCAAAAUUAUAACUUCGAAGUAAGCGGAGAAAAAUCAAGUGACAACGAUCGCCAGUUGUGUCCAUCUCUGAAAUUUAGGUGUCAAUACCCAAGUUGCCGACGUGUGAUAACCGGUAACGUAUCAUUCGUCUGCCAUCUUUGGGCGCACAUAGCAACGUGGAAGGAAUAUGAUCCGAAAUCGCCUUCAUUUCCAAUACUCAGCGACAGUUCUAUCUCCACGGCACCGUCUAAAAGAAACGACGUUGAUAUCCUAUCGACUUGCCCGAGCUGUACUGCUCGAUUUCACACUCCAUACUUAAUGCAGGUGUCUUGA